UUGACACGAGCCGUAUAAAUGAGCUACCAUUUGUAGAAUUUGAGCGCAUCCUCAGUGAGUAAUUAUCAAAAUAUGAGAGAAACGCUCAUCCAAAUAAGGAUGAGAAUGAAUCCCUAAUGCUAUAAAUGUGAACGCGUCCCUGUCUCUUUAUCAUUUUCUACGCUAAAUCACCGUCUCUGCACUCACAAUUAGUGUCUCUUUAGUAUUGUUUAUUUCAUUUUAAUGGCUUCUUCUUCUUCCUCCACGAUCCAAUGAGAAGUAGUAGCCCAGAUGAUUCUUAAGUUCAAGAAAUAGUGUUUAUACAUGUCUUCUCCGAAGUUAAGUUUUAAGAAAAAUUUAGGCUCAAUAUGCCUCAAAGACAUCUCCGAUGGCUAUGGCCUAGAAAUAUCAUAAAGAUUGAUCAUGAGAAAAAGCAGCUCGAGAGAUGUAAAAAGAAGGGCUUAUGCUAAUGAAUAUGGGUUCCCACAUGGCUGGCGUUUUAUUUAUUUUUUCUUCAUUCUGAAUAGAUUCUACAAGUCCUUAAAUGGCUAAAAAGUACUCCCACCUAGAGUUUAGGUGCAAUCUUAGGGGGGUGUAUUCAUUUAAGAGUCUACAAGAUUUUUUUGUAUUUUGAAAGUCUAUGGGUAUUCAAUUGAGAUUUUAAAUAAUCCUUUAAAAUCUUGAUGUAUUCAAUUAAGAUUUAGAAUUAUCCAUUCAAAUCUGCAGAUAUUCAAAAGUAUACGGAUUUUUAAGGAUUUCAUUAAAUGCUGGAUUUUGAAGGAUUUUAUAGUGCUUUUUAUACAUAUCAAAACUCAAAAACAAUCCAACCACUUUCCAAGAGAUUUUGAUGUAUUCUUUCUCACUCAAAAAAUGAAGAAGCUAUUCACCAAAAAAAAAAAAAACAGCUCUCAAUAGGUGACACUCAUCCAUUUUGUCUUAGACCUAUCUUCCCAAUAUCCUCCUCUACCUCUGCUUUCAUCUAAUAAUUUUUUUAUUUUUAAUCCUUCUAGCUAAUUAAGCUCACUUUCAAUGGAAUUGUUAAGAUGAUACAUACACACAUGUUUCUUUUGUAAAUUAGAUAUGAAAUAACUUUUAGUUUAUUACUUUAUUUUUUGUGUAACAUUUUGGCUGAUUAGUUUUCUCUUCUUAUUCAUAUAUCAUUACACACAACAUAAAGAAUGGUACAUUGCCAUACACACACACACACACACACACUUUUUUGUCAUUGAUAUAGCAUUAUAGUUGGAUCCAUACAUCCAUUGCUUUUAAAGAAGAAGAAGAAAAAUUAACCUACCAAAAAUAUCAUUAGGACUUGUAAAAUCAAAACAAAUACCAAGAAAUCAAUCCAUUAGAAUCAAUCAGAGUCCAUAUAGAAUUUAAACAAUCCGUGGAUUAAGUAAAUCUAUUGAUUAUAAAAACUCAAACAAAAUCUUUUAAAAUCUGAAUUGAAUACACCCCCCUUAGUGAGAGAAUAUCUAACUACGUCGAAAAAGAUAAAUAUCUACAUAAAAGGAAUAUAACACACUCUGAUGAUAAACACACAUAUAAACUAACAAAAAAAAAAGAGCAAAUAUAUGUCUCACAUCAGAAAUGAAGAAAUAAAGGACAAUUAGUUGUUUUAAAUAAGGAAGAAACAAAAUCAAGGAUUAAAUUGAUUGUAAUAAAUUUCAAAGGACUAAAUUAUGCUUACUACCCUAUAUUUUCAAGGGUUCAUCAGUUCAGUCCAUGCACUUCUAAUUUAAUCAGAAAAGUCAUUGCAUGCACUCUCCAAUUUCAUCAAAUCGAUCCAAUCCGUUACCACUCCGUCAAUUUUCGGGAAAAAUUUCCAAACUACCCAUCUGCAUUCACAACACUAACGCGUCGGCGGGCUGCCUAGCGAUGGGUAGUUUGAGAAUUUUCCCUGUAAAAAGGUCCUACGUCAGCAUUUUAACAACAAAAAUUGACGGAAUAAUGACAGAUUGGAUCGAUUAGAUGAAAUUGGAGAGUGCAAGGACUUUUCUGAUUAAAUUAGAAGUGCAGGGACUAAACUGAUGAACCCUUGAAAGUACGAGAUAGUAAGCAGAAUUUAAUCCAAUUUCAAAUUUGUGGUCAUAAUUCAAAUUCAAUAAAUAGUGAAUAUCCAGCUACAAUUAAGGAAGAUUUUAUUUAGAUUACAUCCUAUUUAAUCAGAAGGACAAAAUAGCCAAGUUAAAACAUGAGAAAAAUCUUAAUUAUAGACAUAUACCCUAUAAGGAAGGUUCAAUUAUGUGAAUUUGAUAUUUUGAUAGGAGGUAUAUGUAUGCAUAUAUGAUUCAGUAUAGUAUAGGUUAAUUCAUCCUCAAUAGGUAUUUGUGAAAUCAAGGAUUGAAUUGAUUGUAAUGAAUUUUAAAUUUGUGGUCAUAAUUCAAAUUCAAUAAAUAGUAAACAUUUUGCUACAAUUAAGGAAUAUUUUAUUUAGAUUACGUCCUAUUUAAUCAGAAAAACAAAAUAGUCAAGUUAAAAAAGGAGAAAUUUUUUAAUCAUAGACAUAUACCCUAUAAGGAAUGUUCAAUUAUGUGAAUUUGGUGUAGAUUAAAAAGAAAAAAAAUAUAUGAGUGAGUUUUUCGUAAUAUAAGUUUUUUAUUUUUUGGGUUUAUAUCUAAUUUUCUCAUAUAGAUGAGGAACUUUAAUAGGUGGGGUGAUGGCCGCUAUUUGAUAUAAAUAAUAAUAAUAAUAAUAAUAAUAAUAAUAAAAUAAACCUCUCACCAGAGUCUUAAAUUCCAUGCAAGCUUAUGGAAAAGCUCCUCCACGCGUUCAACGUUCACUGGACACUCCAAAUCCCCUAACAUAGACUUGACCGCAUUGGAACAGUUUUGGCCAUUUGCGUUAGAUACGAAUUAACCAGGCUCGUAAAUGGAGUCGUCGGUGUAAUACCAUCUAUAGAAUUUGGGUGCUUCCUAGGUUUGAAAUUCCCAAAAGUAGCAGAUGCACUCAUCUCAGAUAAGGACGAGCACAAUGGUUCACGGGCACUAUAAAUGUGAACCCCUCCCUUUCUCUUUGCCCUUCCCUCUGCCGCCGUCUCUGUACUCCUCACUCUCACCCUUACUCUCAGUCGCUCUUUUUCUCCAUUUCAAAUGGCCUCGUCUUCCUCUGAGUGCUCUAUAUGUCUCAACGACCUCUCAAGUGGCUGUGGCCGGACGGUCGUGACGCUUCAAUGCUCGCAUACUUUUCAUUUGGAUUGCAUUGGUUCUGCAUUUAAUGCGAGGGGUGCAAUGGAAUGCCCCAUUUGCCGGGCGAAUGAAAAUGGCACAUGGAGGAGGUAUUCUGAGAAUCACGGUUUUGAACAGAACUUGCAUUUUGAGAAUCAACAUGAGGACUACUUUCCAGAGCCUAUUUCUAUGAUUCCACCGGGAGAUCCUCAAUCUAUUUGGCAGUGGGAUCCAAUAUUGUCGGACUAUAGAUUUGCUGUAGACCCCAAUGGUGGUAUUCCUAAUAAUCAUCAACCGAAUGACCCUUCUGAAGUAUCCGAACCAACAGAGAGUCCUCUACGUUAUGGAAUUUGUGAUGAUUGUAUCAACCACCACCUUUCAAGUGGCCAUGCUGGUCAUAGUAAUGGGGUUUCAGUUCCAGCUGGAAACCUGGGAAUUCCUAGCGCUGAUGUUAAUGCCAUUCCCAGUGAUUUCAUAAUUCCUCCUGCCGGUUUUAAUGGUGUACAGAAUGACAUAAGAAUGCCAACGGCCACCUAUACAAAUGAGCAGGAGAUCAUCGUCGUGCACCAUUAUUAUCCACAACAGCGGGCUGCUUCAUCUGUCCCGGAGAACCAGGUGGCUUCUGAGGUUCAAGAUGAAGAGGAAGUAUCUCAGGCUCACACCAUUUGAUAUCAAGAAUUCAGAAACCAUAUAUAAUUGCAGAACUAUUUAAUAAAAAGAAGUAGUUUCUUCUUUGCCUUACCAAUAAGUCUGGCUGGUUAGAUAAUGCCAUCUGAUAUGGGACAGUUUGUUUCAUCCUAAAACUUUUGUAAGGAUCGUUUUUUCAAUUUAUCUGUGUUAUGGAUUUUACUGGCCUCUUUUCGUUUGAGAGAAAAUAUUA